AUGUCCCGACCAGUAGCUCCGGUCUCCAAGGUCACUGCUCAUUCCACCUCGUUGAUUUGCCAAGAUAUCGAUAUCAGGGGAGAUGUCACGGUUGGAGCGGGCAGUAUCAUUCAUCCCAAAGCGAGUAUUUUGGCGGUCGGAGGACCUAUCGUGAUCGGAGAGGGCUGCUUGAUCGAAGAGACGGCGGUGAUUGUCAAUCGGUGGGCUUCCGACUUUAGACGGAAAGAGGUGUUGAGUAUUGGAAACAGGAACGUCUUCAUGGUCGGAUGCAGAGUCGAGGCGCUCAGUAUUGGUCACUCCAAUUCCUUUCAACCGAAAGCUAGAGUCUCGGGUGUGCACGUAUCUGACCAUUGUGUCUUUGGAUCAGGAACCGUGACGCUUCCCUCCAUUCCGACUGGAGAGCAAUCGUCAGCCUCAGAGACACUUCCUCCAUAUACUUCUGUCCAUGGCUCCUUGUCGGAACGCACAAUCUGGGAUGGCUCAGGCCAAGAGAUGGAGGAGAAUGUGUAUGCCAAACACGUCGACUAUCUCCGAGAGAUAUUACCAAAGUUCAACAGGAUGCGAGUGGUAUAA